CGGCAUCGUCCACAUGUGGAUAUAUUUUAUGCGUGUAUAUACUACGUAUGUAACUAACAAUACCGCGUUGUAAACGCUGUGGACGCAUUCUCAAGUCUUUGACUCCCAGCACUGAGCAGUGAUCAAGUUGUAACGUGCUCAUCGCUUUCCAGUUAGACAAAGUCAGCGUCAUUAUUCACUGCGUGCAUCCAGAAAUCUCUAUUAAUUAUGGCAUCACCAGAACGCUCAAAAGAUGCUGAAAUCUCGCGACUCCGAGCGGAAAAUCAAGCCCUGGCAGACGAGUUGGCACAGUGUCAGGCAGAUAAAGAAUUUGUUUGGUCACUAUGGAAACGACUUCAGGUGGCAUCACCCGAUAUGACGCAAGCGAUCAGUUUGGUUUUACAAAGGGAGAAGGAAAAAGCUGAGAUCAAGGACAGGAAAGUGUUGGAAAUACUACGAAUCAAAGAUGAACGGAUAAGUGAAUUAGAUAAGCUGCUGACACAACAACAGCAAGAACUCAACGAUUUUGUCGCCAGAAAAAUAUAUCUGGAUGAAGAAAACUCAGUCCUGAAUAGAGAGAACCGUGAUCUGAAGGAGAAGAGAAGAUCACUGGAGGAAUUGCUCCAAUCAAGGGAAUCAAGAUUGAAAACCAGCGAGGAUUUGAAUCGUCAAGUGAUUGAUAAUUUGGAUCGUGAUAAACAAGAUCUGACAACGCGAGUUACCGAGUUACUGGUGGAAUCGGACAAAGCAAAAGAUGAAAUACACCAAGUUAAAAAAGCCAAUAGUUGCCUUGAAAAUAAACUUAAGAUUGUUGAAGCUGACCUCAGAGAAAAAACAAGGGAACAUGAUCGAUUAAUGAGGGAACACGAAGACACACUCACAAGACUACAGAAUCAUGACAUACAGACACAAAAACAGGACAGAGAAGACAGGAACAAGGAGAGAGACAAUGAGAAGCUAAGGAAAGAACUGAAUGAACUUAAUGCUCUUCACAAUCAGUGCAGUGAACAUGCUUCGCAGCAAGCUGAUCUGAUUCGACAACUUCAAUCGUUGCAGUUUGAUACGCAGAAAAUCAUGAAGAACCAGGAAGAAGCCCACACUAUGGAAUCGUCCUCUUUGCAGUCGAUGUAUUCUGAUCUGAAUUCUCGCUAUCAAGCUUUGAAAGCCGAUUUUGAUAAUUCUGAACGUCAUCUUUCCACGAUACCAGCACGGAAUGUCAGCAUGCAAGUCAAUUUUGCACCUUGGGAUGCGGAAGUUCAAGUUUGUGAGUCGUGUGUUAUUAAUGAAUGCAAAAUGACAAGUUUACAAACAGAGGUUGAUCUAUUGAAAGAAAGAUUGAAAGAAAAAUCAAGAUUGAUUUAUGCUAUGGAUAAAGAAGAUCCUGACAAGGAAUAUGAUUUAUCACUAACAAGAAGUAAAAGAAGGUCCAUGGUCGAGAACACAGGAAGUUCACAUUUCAGCUCCGGCAAUAGAUCCAGAUCACUGUCACCAAUGAGGGCGCCAUUACAUACUAGUAGUCCUAAACAGAGAAGGUCUGCUGGUAUCAGUACAGAUAAAAAGACGGAUGAUCUUGAGAAAUUACUCAAAUUGAAAAAUGCAGAGAUUGAGGAUUUACGAGCCGCUCAUGACAGGCGAUUAGCGAGACUACGUGCAUUACAACAUAAUUAUAAUAUUUUGAAAGAACAAAUUAAAACUUAUGAAGAAGAAAACAGUGGACGGAAAAAGAAGAAGAAAAUGCAUCGUUCUGAUCCUCGUAAACUACAGCAAGAAGACAGUGACAGCGUAUGGAAUGAAUUGGCGUACUUCAAGGGACAUAAUAGAAAUCUAUUGAUGGAAAGAAUGAACCUACAGGAAGAACUAGAUUUGUUAAAGGUGCAAACAGCGGCCGAUGCGGCUCACGUGGGAGAACUGACGCGGUGUCUGCAGCAAGAAAAAGAACAACUGAAAGGCCAGUUAGCGGAAGCCGAGAGAAGUCGAAAAAUUAAAGAUACCGAAAGAAAAGAAAUAUCAGAACAAAAAAGAAAGAUAAAAUCUUUGGAGAAGUUAUUGGAGAGGUUGGAAUCUGAGAGCAAUGAUUUGAUCGAUGAGAGAGACAAUCUUGUCAAGGAAAAAAGGAAUUUGAAAAAUGAAAUCAGUCGGCUGAAGCAAGAAUUAUUAGAAAAAGAUGGUGAAGUGACAGAAGUGAGAAAAGAAAAUCAUUAUUUAACAAAAAAAUUACGACAAAGAAAACUCAGCAGGAACAAAGCUAGGAGAUGCAAGUCAGUGAAAGAGCAUCAAAGAGCACUUAAUAGGUCCAUACAACACAUGAGUGCAUUAUUUUCUGAUUUUGAUGAAGAUGGAUGGGAAGAAAUUAGCACUGACAGCGGUGGUGAGGAGACCGGGGAUAGCUUGGGAGAUAGAAUAGUGAGAACGGCUACAUCACCUGAUUUAACAUGUAGAACACUAGACAGAUCAUUGAGAAGAAGAAGAAGACGACAUGAUAGUAGCGGCAGAUCAAUUUCUCCACGCAGCAUAACUAAACCAUCUAAAAGACAGGCGGCUUCAAUUCAUGGUCACAUAAAACGACUCGCAAAGAGAUAUGAGGUGAAUGAAUCCGAGCGAAAAUUGAAAUGGAGUAACAUUGGUGUGCAGACUGAUGAUGAAGCUCCGAGACCAUGUAAUCAUUUAACUGUGAUUGGCGUUGGUGACAACAGUGUGACCGAUUACACCAAUAAUACAACAAUAGAUACUACUAUCGUUAGAAGACGAGACAUUGCCACAUCACCUCACAUGGGAUUGGCAAAACUGGGAAAAUCACUCAAUAGAUCACAUCGACUGGAAAGUCCAAGUAUGAGUAGUUUGAAACAAAGACUUGGCAGUCUCCAACAACAGGUGACAGUACUGAGGGAUUCUAAGGCUUGCUACAAAAAAGUUUGAAUGACGAGAAGGAAAGUAAGGAGCAUCUACAGUCGGAUCUGAGCGUGUCUAAUCAAAGACUUAAGAUCAGUAAACAAACCAUUCAGAAAUUAACUCAAGAACUUGAUAACAGCCAGGCAGCUAAGGAGACAUUGGAAAGACAGUUGGAAACCAAGAUACAGACAUUACAAGAUGCUGAGAUCAUGUACGGAAAAUUACCAACAUCUGGGAACGGAAAUAAACGAACAGAGUCUGAAUGGAAACAACUGGAAAGCAAGCUGAAGAAUUCCACAACUGAAAUUUCCAAACAAGCUAGUGUCAUUAAAACAUUUAAAAGUGAAAAUGAGAGUCAUUCUGAACAGAUCAAAACGUUACAGGAAAAAAUCAAUAAAUUAGAGCGUGAUAUUACACAAAAAAGAACUUUGAUUGAAGAUUUGAGAAGUAAAGUCAAAGCAGUACAAGAGGAUAAGAAAACCAAC